UAGCAUUACUCUCUCUCUCCUGUCUUUUUCUUCCUUCAUCUCUCUCUUUUCUCUCCUUCCUUGUUCUCAUUCAUCAUUCUUGUUUCACUCCCUCUCUUUUCCCCUCACUCUCUCUCUCCCGAUCGCUCUUGCUCUCCCUCCCUCACUUGUUCUCUCAUGAAUGUCACCUUUACUGGUGGUAGCCGCUGGAUUUGCGCACACACACUCAAACAGACACACACACUCGCUGGCUUUGGGGUGGAGGGGGGGGUAAUGUAGGGCUGUGGGGAGAGAUAGCGUGUGCCAGAAGAGGCUGAAGGGAAAUUUCUCGGAGUCCAUUCUUCUUUUUGCCGGCUCCCGUCCUGCGACUCAGGGCUUUGUCGGUCCCAGCAGCUGAACCAGAAGUGCCUCUGGACGUCGGAGCACUGGAUUACCGCUCCAGAUUAUUAUUUUUUUCAACACGAGUAAAGUUAGCCACAGGGACUGUAGGCUGACCAUCUGCCUGGAUCUGUUCCUGGCUCGAGCUGUAAAUCCUGCUAGUGGUGAGUGAAGAACUUUCUGUUAUGGACCGACCAAGCAAUGUUUUUCUCUGAAACAGUGUGCUAAACUUUAGCUUUGUCAGUGUCUUCGUCUUCCGAAAGAGGAAAGACACAGGGAGGGGAAGUGUGAGGAGCAGUGGGGGCAAAUAUGUCGGCAAUGUCGCAACGAUGACUUCGCCAGCAUCUUUCUGGUUCUUUUUGUGGAAAUGUGACGCCGUCGAUUUACGUCUUGUGGAUUUGUUUCACCAUCAAUAUGUAUUUUGCGAAACCAACAUGAAGGACAAUCCGUGGACGGGUUUUGAGUGGACCAGAACUUAACCGUUUCUCUUUUAGGAUUGGGAAACACAUCGGGACACGUGAGGAACCUACUCUAAUUCUCGCUCUCCGCUCCGGAUUUGACCCUUGACUUUUAUAUCUUUGCGCUGCUGGUAAAGAAAGGCGAAAAGUUUAUCCAGAGAGGGUCUCCUAAGCAGACAGAGACCCCCCUCCCAAAGGUGAGAGGGGGGGGAAGAUGGCAGCUCUCGCCAGCUCUCUCAUCAGACAAAAACGGGCAGUCAAGGAAGACCACACCAACCGACCGAUAGCCAACAAACGCAAGCCUUGCCCCAAGAGCAACAAGUCCCUUUGCCAGAAACAAAUUCUCGUUCUCAUAUCAAAAGUUCGGUUAUGUGGCGGUCGAAGAGGAAGAACAGAAAAAAGGCCGGAGCCGCAGCUGAAAGGCAUCGUCACCCGCCUGUACAGCCAGCACGGCUAUUACCUGCAGAUGCUGCCGGAUGGCACCAUGGACGGCAUAAGGGACGAGAACAGCUGCUUCUCACAGUUCAACUUGAUUCCUGUGGGUCUACGGAUAGUGGCGAUUCAGGGAGCGAAGACUGGCUUCUACCUGGGCAUGAACAGCGAGGGGUACCUCUACACCUCCGAGAACUUCAACCCAGAGUGUAAAUUCAAAGAGAGUGUGUUCGAGAAUUACUACGUGACGUACUCCUCUUUGCUGUACCGCCAAAGCCAGUCGGGACGGUCGUGGUAUAUCGGCAUCAACCGGGACGGCCAAGUGAUGAAGGGCAACCGUGUGAAGAAGACCAAAGGGGCCGCACACUUUCUACCUAAAGUCAUCGAAGUGGCCAUGUACAAGGAACCUUCGCUGCAUGCGCUUGUUGCUGAGCAGAGUCCUCCACGCAAAACCGUAAAGACUUCAGACUCCCCCUCCCACCAGAACGGCAGGAAAGGGCCCCCAGAGCUGAUGCUUCAUAGCACGGGGGCCACAAACAGGGAGGGUGAGGGACUACUAUUGAGAACUCCAUUUCCCAUCAUGCAAUGUGGCAGGAAGAACCGGGCAAGAUCAGACAGCGGCUAAAUGCAGGGGACCACCAUCCCACGGAUUGCUUCACAGACAUUCGACUCCACAACUCCCAUACAAAACCAUGUUUCAGAAUUAAACCCCCACAAGCCCUACACAUAAUGUCUGUCUGCCAAAAAUUCAGUGGCUAUAAAGCAAAAUACAAACAUUAUCCAUCCUGCCAGGUUUCCACUAAAUAUAUUGACUUUCUUUCCCUAUGGUUUCGCUUUGUUAAAGUGAUUUGUUAGGGGACUUUAUGUGUGAGAGCAAAAGAGAGAGAGAGAUUAUUUUUGAAUAUCCCCAUUUUGAUACUAGCAUACGAGACCCUUGCUGGUUCAUUUUUUGCCAUCACAUUGCGAACAUCUGCCCUCUAUUUUCUGUGCCAGUCGAAGCUUUAAACUAAAUGACGGAGAUAAAAUUGAUUUUUAUUGGGUCAUUCAUGAAGAAUCCAUUUCUUUUGGUCAGCGGGUGUAGACUAAUACCUGCCAGAAUUCAUUAUGUGGGACGGAAUCAGAUCUCAACAGACCAAAUUAGAUUACAUUUACAUUCUUCUGCUGUCUUUUAUUGUAAACAACACCAGACUUGAUCUUGACAGCGACGAUGAGUUUAAAGUGAAUCCACAACCCAAAGCAUCUGUUUUUGUUUCGGAUGUAACAUUUACCUGCGGGCGAAAAAGAAAAGCAAGUAAACUCUCUGGUGACAACUCCAUUCAUGUUUAAUGGCCAGUGGGCUCUGCGCAGCAUCCGUAUCAUUGGCAGACUAUCGAGAUUAUUACGGGGCUGUUGCUUGAUAGUUCUUUGAUGGAAUUCGUACAUGCAGUCCAACCACGAUCGCUUGAAUUAUUUACUCCAAACGUUCGGCUCGUUCAACCAGCGCGGACGAGACAUUUUAAUAUGCAAAUUUAAAUUGUGGAGAGCUGAUCAAUGACACGGUGUUUGGAAGCGUUAGUACGUGCGUGGUGGAGUGUGAAAAAGACAGAAUGAUGUGAAAUUCGCUUCUGUUAUUUAUUCGCGGCGCGGGCACACGUGUGUAAACACUUGGCUCGCGCGCACAGUUGAUCAUUUUAAUGGCUGAGUAAAGUCUGGGCAUUUUAAUCUGGGUGGAGAUGUUGACUGACGACCCUCUCUGGAUGUCAUAAUUGACACAUAACCGCAAGGAAGUGCUGUGACAUGGAAGCAGGAGGGAUCUGGGAGCAAACAAGCUCUUUGUAAUUCCUUGGGUGUCUUUCCUGCUGCAGAAACCAGCAUCUAUUUUCAUUUGAUGUGUUUAUGUUGGUUAGCUCUGCUUUGGGUCAGCGUUACCAAACCAUUUACCAGCAAAACCUUGUGAAGUUGAUUUAUCAGCAUUACCACACCAGCAUUCCAUGAUGGGAAUCAGCAUCCAAGACACAAAACAUUAGCGCAUUUUUUUUAGCAGGGUGAUGUCACUUCCUGUUCAUGCCUGGCAUGCGACUCUGUUAAAUGAUUGUGUGGGGAUGUGUUUGUUUAAUAGCUGUUCACCCUUUUGUCCUUCAGAAUGUAAGGGACUAUGUCCUGCUGUUAUGACAUCAUUCAUUUGUUGGCCAAUAGCAACCACUGUGGCUGCAGAUGAUGUGACCCGAUUGGCUGCAACUUUUGUCAGACUAGGUGAAUAGCAAGUAAGGGUGCAUUCAGGCAACAGCGGCUGAGUAUAGGGAGUAUUCUGUGCUUGUUUUGUUCUGUGUGGACAGGGUCACGCGUUCAUGUGUAUGUGUCGCAUGGUCACCUUGAUGUCCUUGAGCUGUGGCCUGAUUACCAGUUCUGAACACCCAGACUGCAAAAAUUAAACUCAGCGCUUACUAAGGAUAAAAAAGCAACUGAAAGUUAGAAGAAUGUUAAGCAAAUGUUGUUGAGGGUUUGCGCGUGUUGCCGAACGAUUUAAGCAUGUUGAAAAACGGUCUGUGUAAUGAAGUUUGUUAAUAAAAGGAAGCUUAACUCUUUCUCUGCCAUUGACAGAAUUUUAUUUCAAGAAACAAUGUUGCCAUUUACGGAAAUAUAUUGGCUUUUAAUGUUUUUAGUGUUAUACAGUAGGGGGGGCUGUGAUACGUUUGAACAAGUCCAAAAUCUACUGAUCCAAACGCACCAAAUAACUUAUCUAUGUUGACAAAGUCUUUGACAAAACGCACAUUUCUCAACUUUUAUUUCAAAAUCUAUUUUUGAACAAACCUAUUUACAUUCUUAAGAUAAAGAACAAAAUAAAAUGUGAUAAAAUAAAAAGUUAUAUUUUUCCUUAAAAUCAGAGGUUUUGUUCUUUAAUUUAACAUAUUGUAUGUUCAUUGACGAAAAUAUUUUAGGGUACGUCAAAGUUUUGUGAAAAAGAUCUGGCUUUGAACUUUGUUCAAAACAUGGCGGAGAAAGACUUAAAUGGAAUUCUAGCGUGUAGCAAACGUAACAGGAUGAAGACUUUUGUAGAUAGAAGUAGAAGAUGUUUGGCUGUGCGAGACAGAUGUCAGGAGGUGAAAAGAAGGAUGUACGUCUCAAUGAAAGAUGUACGCAAGUAGAAAAUUAAAGGUAAGAGUAUGUAGCUGUAACUGUAACCGGAAAAAAUACUUUUCUGAAUAAACUUUGUGAAAUGUUUUGGCUGUUCGAGAAUAUCGGCGACUGUCUCAAUGUAAGUUAAAAAUGUAACAGAAAGUGUAUGUAACGAGUGAAUAAGCACUUUUUAUAAAAAAUCUCUAGAAAACUGGCUGUGCGAGACGAGUUUUGGGACGCAGACGAUUGACUGCGUUCACGCUGCAGGAGUUUCUGAACGUCCUGAGGGUAUACGUGUAUGAUUGAAGUUAGCUGGUGGAGAAAAAGACAGUUUCAGAGGCGCUAGAUUAUAUAAGAAAGAAAACUAGAAGAUAAUUUAACUGGAUUCUUGGAGGAGACGUGUUCUUUGUUAAUGAUGAGAGCGGGAAAGACUGAGAUGGUGAACAAAUUUCUUGCUGAUUGAGCUGAAGAUGGUCCUCAGAGGAUGGAGGGAGGGCAUUUAUGUGUGUGCGGUACCUACCUGACCAACUGAGAUGUUGCGAACACAAGGACGAAUGUGGCGCACACACGCCCCCUCAUGUGUGCUCCAAAGUCACGCUCCAUUUCCCGUGCAAUCUCCCCAAACCCUCUCCUGUGUGUCCUGUGGCUAUUAACCUUCCCUCCAGCUCAGUGUGUGUGUGUGUGUGUGUGUGAAAGUGGAGGAGAGAGAGAGACAGAGCAAAGUAACGAUCGAUUGACUCAAUAAAAGCCAAACUGGAGAGCAAUAGCCCAGCGCUGUGAGCAAUAAUUUCCCUGUGCAAGUGAGGAAACCGAGGACAUUAGCAGACGAUGAACUGGGAGUAUUUUGUUUGGACUUUAUAUGGAGAAUACACAGAUCUUACGCCUAAAAUUUGUAUUGAAUAUCCUCAAAUAGGGCUCUCUCUCUCUCGCUCGCCAGACCUGGUUUUGCUGUGAAGUUAGUAGUAUUAUGCUCCUGGAUCUCUCUCGACUCUUUCUCUUUGAAAUCAGGGCAAGUUCUCAAGGACGCUGAGUGUUUUCUGUUUCAUUUGUCCUCAAUUCAAGCAUGCAAAGAGUCAGAAAUGCGUGUUCCACAAUGGCCGGGGUACGUCUAUGUUGAAACUCAUGCUGUGUUUUUGUGAUGAACCACAAAUUUCAUACUAUUUAUCUCAGAGAAGUAUAUGAAAAAAAAAACAUAUAUAUGUGUAUAUAUUACAUGCAAUCAAAAAAAAGAUGACAGUACUGUAUGUGGCUGCUUUGGGGGGAAAUGACUGUCUGGACUUGCCAAAACUGCUGUGAGCCAUAAGGACUGUGGACAGAUUUGAAAUUUUCUUUGUUGUUUUGUAUUUGUUUUUAUUAUUACUUUAUCAAAUGAUGAUGUUAAUUGUAACUGAAGGCCAUUUUACCCACAGUAAAAUCCAGGGAGUCAGCAGUAAACAAAAAGUCACUUUGAUGAACUGAUUGGUGCUUCCUUGAUCCAAUAAUUUAUGAAUAGAUCAUUUUUAUAAGACGAUUAUGUAUGAAGCUGAAACCUUGUGUUUGCUUGUGUUCGUUUUUCUGCGAUAUUUUUCUGAAAUGUAUGUCCCGUGAGGUACCUUGGUUUUAUAUUAAUUUAACUGAAAACACAUUGUUUUCUUAAAGCCAUGAUGUUAACCAAGGUUUGAUUUUUCAAGACCUCCUCACCUCCUACAACGGACUAUUGACUUUGGAGAUGCUUUCCGAGUUGUUAACUGAAACCUGCUCAACCUGAAAGCCAACCUCUCUUCAUCAGGAUUUACUGCAGGUGUCUUCCGAACGAAACGAAGGCCAGUCCCUUAACUUCCCUAUCCUUGCGUCUUCCAAAAUUUAAAAAGAAGUCUUCCACUAGCCGGGGCUCGUCUGAGUGUGGCAAUAACUGCAGAUUAAAAAGUGGCUUCCUGCCUAGAUCCAACCCCCCCAUUUUAUGGUGAACACAGGAGACGGAGCUUAAUACACCUGCCCUUUCAAACAGCUUGGAGACCUAAGAGGAGACUGACGGACGAACGUAUACGUACAAACUCUUCAUGGCACCACAGGGUGACCGCAGACUAACAUCAUCUGGGCGUCAUCGGCUCGGACUACAGAGCCCCUAACCAGCAUGACGGAGUGUCAGCGAGCCGCUCUGAAUCAUGUACCUGCGAGAGUUGACUCUUGUACUGCAUGCAUCCCUCAUUGGACGUACUUGGAGAGGACUACCCAUUACAGAGCACAGGUUGCACCCUCUCCUGGCCUCAAAAUUUGCCAACCUGUCUACUUUCUAGAGCAAUUAUACAUAUGUAGGCCGGGAGAAGGGCGGGUGGGCGUG